AUAGAACAAGAUGCAGAGAUGAUGAGACUGCGAAUCCUUGGAGAUCCGCAACUUAUGAGACAAUUACAAGAGGUGCUAUUCCUCGCUCACACACUACCGGAAAUAGCUGCCGCUGCCCAGUCCAAACCCACACGUUUUGCAGAGCUCCUGCGACUGCAACGGGACAGUGCACAACAAGCCGAGCUUGGUCGGCAGCGCGAGAUUUCAGCUCUUAAUGCUCACCCGUUCGAUGUCGAGGCACAGCGUCGUAUCGAAGAAACUAUCCGUCAGCAGGCAGUCAUGGAAUACAUAGAGCAUGCGCUUGAAUACUCCCCGGAGGCGUUUGGGCGGGUGACGAUGCUUUACGUGCCGGUGGAGGUGAACUCCCAUCCUGUGAAGGCGUUUGUGGAUAGAG